UUAUAUAUAUAUAUAUAUAAUAUAAUACCUCCUCAAUAAUACGCCUCACUAAGUCUCAAAUUUCUCCUUCUCAAUUCAUUCGCUCCUUCUCUCUCUCUCUACCUCUCUCUAUAGACGAAGGAGCGAUGGUGGUGAGGGAAUCUCAGCCGUCCAUCCGGAAGGCACCGGAGCCGAUGCUGGCGAUCGAGCGGCCAUGGAUCGCCGAGGGGCUCCCGAGCCCCACGAGCCCGCUGGAGCGCGACGCGCGCUCGCCGCGGGGGUGGCGCAACCGCGACUCCGACGGGGUCGGGCUUGCGAUCGUCGCCGCGCUCGACCGUCUCUGCGGCGCCGGAGCGUCGAGCUCGGCCGCGGCGGCGGCGGCGCCGAUCGCGAUCGGGGCCAGCGCCGCGCCGAGGAGCAGAAGGAACCGGGGCCGGUUCGAGGUGGCGGAGUCGGGGGGCUGCGGCGGCGCGUGCUCGGCGAGCGCGUGCGGGUUCAAGGAGAGGAGCGACGGCGACGGCAACGGCGACGGCGGCGCCGAGUUUUCCCUCUUGGAUUUCUUGAGCUGCUGCUACUUGUGUCGGAAGAGGCUCCACGGAAAGGAUAUUUACAUCUACAAAGGAGAGAAGGCGUUCUGCAGCAUGGAGUGCAGGUACCGGCACAUCGCGAGUGAGGAAUGCCAGGAGAGCUUUGUUGGGUCCGACCGGGUGCGGCGGAAGUCGGCCGCGCAGGAAAUCGCGUCGACCCCGCCCCAGCGGUGCUCUGGCGGGCCCCUCUUCUUCACCGGCGUCGUCGUGGCGUGAUCACUCUAGAGAUCACUCUAGAGAUUAGGAAUCGGGCGCAGCAGAUCUCGACGACGACGACGACGACGACAAUGGCGGCGGCACGGAUAGAAAAAUAUAAUAAGGAAUUUUAUACACGAGGAUUGAAUCAAGCGCAUGAGCCUUUGUGUAAGAGGGUGUAGAGGAGGGUUUGAUCUCGACUCGAGGAGAAGAAAUUUUGUCUAGUUUUCGAAAGUUAUUAUAUUAUAUAAUUUGGAUCAAAUGAUCCCUUUUUAUUCGGAUCAGCUUCACUUAAAAUUAGCACAAAAAUGGUAACAUAUUUGUAAUUUGAUACUCACGAUCGGAAAAAUCGGGCAGUAGUGACGAAGAGAAUAUGAUGAAUUUAUUAUGGGAACUUUAAUGUUGCACGCAUCAUUAUUAUAAUUAUAACAAAGCAUUAAACCA